CAGAUGACAAGGAGGUGUAGGCCUUUCCCAAAUAUACACUGGAAUGCAGGUCAACGCUGAUUCAUUCAACCGGAUCAUGAGUGCAGACGGAACUGUUCCAUGAAUGAAGAGAAACAUCGGUCUGUUCCAACGGUAACCAGCAAUCAUACUCCCGAGCGUAAGGUGAGAUUUUCACAUUCACCCAGCUCCACUGUGAACUCGUUGGUGUGGUUGGCUAUCAGCAUGUUUCUCAGUCGCUGCUUUACGCUGGUGGUUCCAUAAAGACGACCCAACACCAUCACGGCCCCGGGACUACUGGUCAGUGUGCAGAAGCUAUUCCGAAAGCGUAGACGUGCAGCAGGACCGUGCGAUCGGGUGUGCCUCCGCUGUGUGGUAUCGAAUGAAGUGUACGACAAAAACGACACGAGACGUAUUUGCGAGCUCGCACUCGAUUCAAGAGUUUCACUACAAUUUAAACUAUCUGCGGGUGUUUAAAAGUGCAUUUUGUAUUGUAAGUUACGAAGGAUUUUAUGUGACCGAAAACAAGGUCGAGUGCUAGAAAAUGAUUCUUAAAGCUACAGCUCUACUACUGCUGCUCUUUAUGAGCGGUGCAAAAAGUCAAGAUGACUCAUUAGCUGGUAGUUUCCUAUCAGGGCUGUUGGAUUCAAUCACAAGCACAGAAGAUGCAAAAGGAUGUCCGGGAGUGUGUGUUCACACGUUGGCCACGCUGAUUUGUUACGAAGUUCUGGAUGACAUUCCAUGCCCGUCGCCGAGCAUGAAAUGUUGUGUGGAAAGCAGUGCGGCCGCUGCCAAUAUUACAACCACACCACGGCCGAGGACUACCACGACAACGGCACGGCCCACAACAACCACACCGAAACCAACGACAGAGGCUAAAAUUAAGGAGAAGGAUAAUAAGAACAACUCAUCCUGCCCUGGUGUGUGUGUUGCGGACAGAAUUGCGGAGUACUGCGAGGCUUACCUAACGACGGCCGGCCUGUGCAAAAGUGGCUCGAAAUGUUGUGUGUCACGCGAUAUCUAUCCGGACAAUCCGCCGGACGAGCUGUACAUACCGACGGCACACUUUGAUUCAAAAACGAACAAAACUACCACCCCUAAACCGUACGCAAAAACGACCGAGCGGCCACACACAACCGAAGAACCGAUCAAGAGCAAAACGAAUCCCACGCAGAAGCCUACGCCCAAACCGACAAAGCCAGCGCCUUCCAAAUUGAAAACUACACCCGCCAACAAUGGUCAAGGGCCCGUGUUUAAGGAGUGUGAGGGUGAAUGCGUCAACGGGCUGUUUGCGCUGUUCUGCGACGAUCUCGACAGUGAAGCGUUCUGUCCCAACGAGGGUUCGUGUUGCAUUACCGGUGUGGCGGAAGAUAAUAAACAACAGCUUGUGACGACUACCAGGCGUCCAGCAACACCGCCACCAUUGCCACGUUGUCCCGGGUUCUGUCUGCUAAACAUUAUGGCCGCCUUCUGCGAACGUCCAUCGGUACUUAUCCCCAACACAGCCAACUGUAAGCGUGGUUCGGUUUGUUGCGACAACACGAGAGCUCCACCACCGAGACCUCCACAGCAGAAGCGUCCACCGCCAACCACAACGACAACUCCCGCUCCAACGACAACAGCUGUUCCGGAUCCGCGUGAAGAGUGUCCCGGAUCGUGUAUCGUAAGCCUGCUUAGCUUUACCUGUUUCCGCAAUGCCGAGAUGACCGAUCUGUUCAAGUGCAAAAAGUCCGGCACUCAGUGCUGUGCUCCGAAGUCGAAAAUAUUGGAAGUACAGCAGGCGGCUGCCAGCAAGACGAGCUACAACGUCACCAACGGUUAUCCGCCACAGGCAUUGCCUCCUCCACCACAGAUGAUGCCACAGCAACCACCAAUGCAGGGUCCAGGACAACCGUACCCGAUGCCACCACCGGUUAUGCCACAGUUACAACCACAGUCACCCCUUGCACCACACCCACAAGGCUAUGGUCCACCGGCCCCGAAUCCCUACCCAGGACCCAUUAGCAACAACAUCUACGAAGUGCCACCGACACAACAGCCUCCGUACGCACAGUCUCCGGUGUACGAGCCACCGACAACAACUUCCCGGCCCCAAGUCUACUCCAAGUACGUGUGUGGCGUGAAAGGAACGAGCCGUGCAGCAAAAUCAGUCCUUAGCCGUGAGGUACUUCGGUUGGAGCAAGAGCAAACCACUCCAGCACGCCACGCACGUCACAUCGACGUGGAUAGUAUCUACCGGUCGAAGAGCUCCGAACGGUUAGUGCUCGGUAGUAGCAUCGUACCGAUACCGAUCAUCUAUCACGAUCACAACGAUACCGUACCGGAGGAUCUUCUGCGCCAUCCGAGCCUGAAGGAAAAUGUAACGCUUGCCAAAUACUGGAGUCACCAUCGGAAGGGUCGUGUCGUGGGCGGUGAGGACGGUGAAAAUGGCGAGUGGUGUUGGCAGGUUGCGCUGAUCAACUCGCUCAAUCAGUAUCUCUGCGGAGCGGCACUUAUUGGUACGCAGUGGGUGCUGACCGCGGCUCAUUGUGUGACGAAUAUCGUCCGAUCGGGUGACGCCAUCUACGUGCGUGUGGGCGAUUACGAUCUCACCCGCAAAUACGGAAGUCCCGGUGCCCAGACGCUGCGAGUAGCGACCACCUACAUCCAUCACAAUCACAACAGUCAAACGCUGGACAAUGAUAUUGCCCUGCUGAAACUGCACGGACAGGCAGAGCUGCGGGAUGGUGUGUGCUUGGUGUGUUUACCGGCACGUGGUGUCAGCCACGCCGCAGGCAAACGUUGUACGGUGACCGGGUACGGAUAUAUGGGUGAAGCCGGUCCCAUUCCGCUGCGAGUGCGUGAAGCCGAAAUUCCGAUCGUCAGUGACGCCGAGUGCAUACGCAAAGUGAACGCAGUGACGGAGAAGAUAUUCAUCCUGCCUGCCUCCAGCUUCUGCGCCGGUGGUGAGGAGGGCAACGAUGCCUGUCAGGGCGAUGGAGGCGGUCCGCUAGUGUGCCAGGACGAUGGAUUCUUCGAGCUAGCCGGACUGGUUUCUUGGGGUUUCGGUUGCGGCCGUGUCGAUGUGCCGGGUGUGUACGUGAAGGUAUCCUCGUUCAUCGGCUGGAUCAACCAGAUCAUUAGCGUUAACAAUCAGUAACAGUAGUAGUAGUAGGUCGAAUACCAAACUUCUCUUCCUCUCCUGUCCAUUUCCCGUACCCAGAGCUGCGCCUUAUGCGUUCUAGUAGUUUGUAAGGGGUAAGAUCAGUUUUAAGCUGCGAAGCAACAAGUAUUGCGAAACCAAUGCGUUGCUUUUGGGAUCUUCAAAUUGUUCGAUUUCUUCAGUUGCCUUCAGGGCACCAUUCACUAUCCCACACUCCCACAGACACACACAAGAACAAUCGAUGCUAGUUGUUUGAAAAACGAUAGUUGUAAUAGUUGGACCUAGGGAUAAUCACAGCGGUGCGCUUGGUUCGUUCCGGCCGAGGGUCCGAAUCGAACGCCAAUGAUUCGAUGUUUGUAUUGUAUAGAAAAAAAAAACUAAUCUCUGUGGUAAGCUUAAGCAAUAGGCAAAAUUUGUGCUCGCUCGAUACAAUUCAAACAGUAAUUCAAACAUCGGCAACUGAAUUAACAGUAAAGAGUAAGCUACCGCUUUCUAACUUGUAGGACCCUACAUCUUCAUCUCAUUAACGAUAUUUAAGCAUGCGUGAGUAUUUAUUUAUUUGUCUCUUGACUGAUUUGCAUGGCUGAAUUGGCCGCUGUUCGCGUCCGUUUCCAAUACAAAACCUGGGAAACGUGCGAUAAAACAGGGGCGAUAAGAAAGCUAGGGCGAUUCAAGAAUCUAUAUGCAAAACCCCGUAACUGAAGCACUGAAUCUUUACGAAUGUGAGUUGCAAUUGAUGGCAAUAAACGGACCGCGAGUGGUAGUGGUUGUAGUGAUACAAUUUUUGAACAAAAUUGUUACACUGUGUACAAUAAAGUAAAAUGACUGGUAAAAUCAA